AUGAUGCUCUCUCAAGUCUUCAUUUCAGCAUUCCUCCUCCUUCUCCCAGCUGCUUCAGGCUCAUUCCCGGAAGUAUAUGGAAUGGGAGGCGACCCUGUGACACUGCCAUGUUCUUAUCCUGAAUCUCGUGUACUCUCAUUCGUGUGCUGGGGCCGAGGUGAAUGCACUGCUGAUAAAUGUGGACAAACAGUUGUCUGGACUGAUGGGAAACGAAUCAACUAUCGGACAAGCAGCCGCUACCAGAUAAGCACACAGGUUCUUCAUGGAAAUGCGUCCUUGACCAUCGAGGAUGCCUAUGAGAGUGACAGUGGUCUCUACUGCUGUCGAGUGGAAAUGAAGGGGUGGGAUGGUGUGCAGACCCUGACCACCUCACUGCAGGUUCAACCCGGAAGCCAUUCAGCCAGGACUAAAGGUCUUGCUAUUGGAAUCUCCAUUUUCUUGCUGCUUCUGGUUCUUGUGAGCACAUUAGUUAUCACAAAUUACAUCCUUAAGAAAAAGAGGCCAGAAUCUCCAAGCUUGGUAGCCUUAUGUGUUUCUAAGGUCAGAACUUUACUAAAUAAAGAGGUUGCGUGACCACAAGCCCAAGGCAACGUCUACAAUAUUGAAGACAGUCUUCAUGUCAAACUUAAGUUUCAAGAGAAGACAUCUACAGCAUAUCACCAGCCUGGACACCCCUUAAGCACCAGGACUAUUUCCUGCUUCAGUUCAUCUUUAGUUCCCACUUUCCAGCUGCAGUGGAGAGGAUGGACCUCUAGCUGUCUCUCCUCAUACUCACUGUUGACACGAUGCUGCCUCUCCACACUACAGAUCCUUCUUUCAAACAUGAUCGCUUUAUCAUUUUGGAUGUCCUUUAGACCCCAUGAUUCUUUUAUCUUUGAAAGACAAUUUUUGGUAACUUCUAUCCAGGUUACUAAAACCAUCCAGCAAAGAGGAAUAGGAUUUUAUAGUAAAAUUAAAACUAAAACAAAUGUGGGGAGGGUGGGAUUUAAUUUAGAAGCACUUCAUGAUUGUGACUUGUUUAUUUAAUUGGUGGACGCCAUACAGGAAGAACUUCCAUGGGCAAGUGAGCUCCCUAGAGAUGGCCCACUGGCCUGCUCAGCUGCAAUGGGUGUGCUCUAGUGAGGCAUGGCCACAAAGACUUCAUCCCAGGAUUGCUUCUUGCUACUCAUGUGCUUUCUCAUGUUUGUCAUUGCCAUUCUCCUUAUUUAUGUGGCUUGGUGUGAGUGGAUACCAAGAGACCCUCAAUAUCUAUAGCCUGAUGUGAUUACUUCCUGAAUAAUAGCUCACCCUAUUGGGCAUAUUUCCUGCAGAUCAACAUAAAGAUGAACUUUCAUGAAUUAAUGCUGUUUAGAUGAAUUAAUGACUUUACAGAAUUUCUGAUUUGAUUCAAAUAAUUUUAGGAAGAAAAUUUAAGAUGAUUUUAGCUGUUUUCCCAUGAAGAUGUAAUAAAGUUAGAAUCAAGAAUAGCAUGUGUCCCCUUCUCAUAGAAUAGUAAGUAAAAUCUACAUAAUAAUGAAUACAAUAAGCUCUCAUAAAUUGCACUAAGAAGAGAAAUAGGCUUGGGACAAAUUUGUGAUCAAGGAAAUAUACUCAUUUUAGGUCAUAUCCCAGGAUGAGACUACAGGUGUGCACUACUAUAAAGGAAGGCCAUGUGAAACUGUUACUUUGAACUUAUAAUGAGCUUAUAGAGUGAAACACUGCUUUGAAUUUAAUGUGGACAUCCUUCUGUAAUUCCCUUUUUGUGUAACAUUUUAUCUGUGAGGUAAUUUUUCUAAGAAGUAUAAAAAAUAAAAAGGCUGAGAGAAAAAAUAAAGCAUGGAAUGUUGGGGCUCUGCUCCAUCCACCAAAUGU